AUGACAAAGAAUCCAAAUUUCAAUUACCAUAACAAAUGUGAGAAGUUGGGCAUUACUCAUCUGGCUUUUGCAAAUGAUGUGCUUUUGUUUAGUAGAGGUGAUUGUAAAUCCAUUGAGAUGCUGCUUGAAGCCUUCAAAACAUCUUCUGAUUCAACUGGGCUUAUUGUAAACCCUAAGAAAUGUAAGGUUUUUUAUGGAGGGAUGGAUACUGACACUAAACAAAUGGUGAAGCAUCUAACAGGUUAUGAAGAGGGUCAGCUUCCAAUCAGGUACUUAGGCAUUCCUUUGUCCAGCAAAAAGCUGAAUAUUAAUCACUACAUGCCCAUGAUUGAUAGGAUUGUUAGUAGAAUUUGA